CAGCAAAGAAGAGGCCGUGCCGGUGUUUUUCCACUCAGCAGGAUGGGUGAUGCUCAAAGCUCCCUCAUUAGACAACAGACACGAGAGGUCAGGAAGAAAGCGCUUAUAAAUUACCGUUUCCUCCUGCUCGGCGCUGCUAGUCGCGCCGCACCGCUCCGCCGGACGCGCCGCACCGCCGCAGGGGCGCAGCGGCGCGCAGGCACCGCGGCCAGCGGACACAGGAAAAGAAAAUACGUUCAGCAGAGAUUCUUCUUCAUCCAAAAAGGACUUGAUUGCUCUUGGCAUCAGUCAGAUCUGGACCCAGAAGACCACAGGAAAGAAAACAACAACAGUAAAUUAAACCUCAAGGUGCUUAGGAAAUUUCUGUGGCUGAAGGCCUGUGAGAAGAGGUGCCCUGGCAGAGCACCCCAGUCACCUGAGUACCCUGGUUCAUCAGCAAAAGAAAGCAGAAAUAUGGCAACAAAGGAAAAGCUUCAGUGCUUGAAAGAUUUCCACAAGGACAUCCUCAAACCUUCCCCCGGCAAGAGCCCGGGGACACGGCCUGAGGAUGAGGCUGAGGGAAAGCCACCGCAGCGGGAGAAGUGGGCGAGCAAGAUCGACUUCCUGCUGUCCGUGGCGGGGGGAUUCAUCGGUUUGGGCAACGUCUGGCGGUUCCCGUAUCUCUGCUACAAAAACGGCGGAGGUGCAUUUCUUAUACCUUAUUUCAUUUUCCUGUUUGGGGGAGGUCUUCCCGUGUUUUUCCUGGAGGUGGUGCUAGGACAGUAUACCUCCGAAGGUGGAAUUACAUGCUGGGAAAAGAUCUGCCCUAUUUUCACUGGAAUUGGUUAUGCUUCCAUAGUGAUUGUGUCCCUUCUGAAUGUGUACUACAUCGUGAUCCUGGCCUGGGGACUCUACUACCUGUUCCAGUCGUUCCAGAGCGUCCUGCCAUGGGCACACUGCCACCAGAAGUGGAACACGCCCACCUGUGUGGAAGACACUCUCAGGAAGAACAAAACACUCUGGAUAUCACUGAAUGCCACUAACUUCACCUCUCCUGUCACAGAGUUUUGGGAGCGCAAUGUGCUGAGCUUGUCCUCGGGAAUUGAAGAUAUUGGUAUUAUCAAGUGGGAUCUUGCACUGUGUCUCCUCCUUGUCUGGGUGAUAUGUUUCUUCUGCAUUUGGAAAGGAGUCAAAUCCACUGGGAAGGUAGUGUACAUCACUGCCACAUUCCCAUUCAUCAUGCUCCUUGUUCUCCUCAUCCGUGGCGUGACCCUGCCCGGAGCUGCAGAAGGCAUCAAGUUUUAUCUUUACCCUGACAUCUCACGGUUAGCUGACCCCCAGGUCUGGAUAGAUGCAGGGACACAAAUCUUCUUCUCAUAUGCAAUCUGCUUAGGAGCAAUGACUUCCCUGGGGAGCUACAACAAGUACAAAUACAACUGCUAUAGGGACUGUUUGCUGCUGGGAUGCCUGAACAGUGGUACCAGUUUUGUGUCUGGCUUCGCAAUUUUUUCCGUCCUGGGCUUCAUGGCACAAGAGCAAGGGGUGAACAUUGCUGAUGUGGCAGAGUCAGGUCCAGGCCUGGCCUUCAUUGCCUACCCAAAAGCUGUGUCCAUGAUGCCACUGCCCACCUUUUGGGCAAUCCUUUUUUUUAUUAUGCUUCUGUUGCUUGGACUGGAUAGCCAGUUUGUUGAAGUUGAAGGACAGAUCACGUCAUUAGUUGAUCUGCACCCAUCCUUCCUAAGGAAGGGUUACCGACGGGAAAUCUUCAUCGCUAUAGUGUGUUUCCUUAGCUAUCUUCUGGGACUAACUAUGGUGACUGAGGGUGGCAUGUAUGUUUUUCAACUCUUUGACUACUAUGCAGCUAGUGGUGUAUGCCUUUUGUGGGUUGCAUUCUUUGAAUGUAUUGCUGUAGCCUGGGUUUAUGGCGCUGAUAAUAUUUAUGAUGCCAUUGAGGAUAUGAUUGGAUACAGACCUGGUCCCUGGAUGAAGUGGAGCUGGAUUGUGAUCACACCAGUUCUCUGCGUGGGGUGCUUUAUCUUUUCUUUGGCCAAGUAUAAACCACUGACCUACAACAAGGUCUACACAUACCCAGACUGGGCAAUUGGCCUGGGCUGGGUUCUUGCCCUUUCCUCCAUGAUCUGUAUCCCUAUGGUGAUGGUCAUCCGCAUCAUUCGGUCAGAUGGGUCACUCAUUGAGAGGAUAAAGGCCGUGGCUGCCCCCAAGGAAGUGAAUCGGUGGUCCAAAGAAACGGAGAGUGGCACGCCCUUCUGCCCCAAUGGAACUUCGAAUGGCGGAUUGAUCAAGCCAACUCAUAUCAUUGUGGAAACCAUGAUGUGAGCUCUCUCUGUGAGAGGAUAAACCUGCUUUAACUGCCGUUUACUAACCAUAGAUUCUCAUAGGACCAGGUUUACAGAGCUUUAUAUUUGCACUAGGAUUUAUUUUUAUUUCUCACAGAGAAAGUUAUUUUUUGUGUGUGUUUUUUUUUUUUUAAUAUUUUGUAAGGUAAUCACAGCAGACAUCUCUCUGUAGAGGGAGAGCUUUCAUAUCAGACUAGACAUAUUACAAGAAUUUACUAUUAUUGGGUUUUUUUAAAUAUAUAUAUCUUUAUCUCUAAAUAUUAUACACCUUACCACUUGAAUUGAUUGUCUUGCCAGCAAUACAUUCAAGUCUCAGAAAGCAAUUUUAGGUGCUGGUAUGGUUGGGAGCAGGGUAAUCUACAGAACACACAAAAGGAGCUCUGUUGAGAGAUACAUUUUUUAAAAAAAAUGCUGUUUCAAGAGAAUUUUCAAAGGUGUAGUAUUUCCACCCUCUGGUUCAACUGUGGUAAAUGACAGGUGUCAGGGUCACUUUAGGGAGUGGGUACAGUUUUGUUUACUGCAGUCCCUGGAUAAGAAUAUAGCCAAAAGCGGGAGUGGAGAGUUUGCAAGGGAUGCAGAGAAGCUGGAUGUGAACAGUAUUGUGGCUGUACCUCCCAGGGACAGCACUGGGACCCUGUCACACCAACUGAAGAGAACUUGGGGAAGGCAUUUGCAGGAUUUGGCAUGGUUCCGUCUUUUUUUGUUGUUUUUAAAAUUUUUGAGGUUUUUUGUUUUUUUAACAUAAGUGAAAUGCCUGCUGUUUGUGUGUGAGCAGGGAGGUUGAGUACCUGCUCCUGAGUUUUCCAGCAAACCAUAUUUUGGUGUGGUGGCACUGGUGUAAACUUGAAUUCUGCAAACUGGGAGGGCAGCCUGUCCCCAGGGCAGCAGGGAUGAGCACAGAGCAGCCAAGAGGGGAAAAGCAGCACCUGCUCUCUGGGUGCUUAAGGUGUUUGCUUCCUCAUUUGGACUUUGGUUUGGGCAGGAAAAUAAAGGAGUCUCUUCUGGACUCUGACCGUCCAGAGGUGAACACAAACCAGGUCAUCCCUGACAGGAGGAACAAAAUCACUCACCUGGUGGAACUGGUAUUGAUAACAGACACGUUGUUAAUAAUAAUACUAAUGAUGAUAAUAAUAUCACACAGCAAACAGGUGCUUUUCAUCCAUGUAUCUCAAAAAUGCUUUUCCAAGUUCAGUAAUCAGGAUUUGCUUUAUUUAUUUAUUUGGGGGAGGGAGGUCAUUGCUGUUGGAGGAACAGACAAAAGGACUCAGUCCCUUGUACCAUGUUUCUAAAUGGCAGUAGUGGACCUAGAGGCCCUAGUCUCCUUGCUCAUCAUUGGAUUAACUCAUGAUUUUAUUUUAUUUUACUUUAUUUUAUUCUAUUUUAUUUUAUUUUUAAGUGGGCUGGAGGGUGGCAAACAUAUUUAUGAUUUUUAUCUGCUGAAGAGUCAGGGCUCUUUGGAAUUUAAAUUAAAGCAAAGGGAACAUAUAACACUGAAAUAUUUUGUGUUGGUCAGAAGGAAUUGGGUACCAUUCCAGGUGAGACUGGGAAGUGAAGAGAAACCCCUACAAGGAGUGUAGGAAUGGGGGUUCCACUUCAUGUAGUACUGGUGAAUGUUUCUGUGGGGAAUUGGAUCCCUGAAAACUGUCCAAAACAUGGACAAAAGCCUUUUUUUAAUUUUUUUCUUCUAUUUUUUUUUCUUUUUUUUUUUUUUUUUUAACUUGAGCAGGUUGUGCUGGGAACGGGUUCUCUGGCAAAACUCAGCCUUGUCAUGUGGGCAUUGUAUUAGAGGGAGAGAGUUUUUUUUCUUAUGAUACUACAGGUAGUCUAUCCAAAGGUAUUUAGAAGAAAUACUUGAUAAAAGCAGAGUUUGUAUCUGCUUAUUCUGUUAUAAGCUUAGUCUGUCAAGGCAGAAGCUGUCACUUAUUUAAACAGGAACAUAAACAGUUCUUAACAUUCCUACACAGUAGCUUUAUUUCAUUUUUUCUUGUCCCGUGUGCUAACUGGCCACAGCAGCACAAACAUUUCUUAACUUGUUGGUUUCCCUGUAACAGAAACAGGGAGGUUUAAAACUAAGAGAUGGACCAAAAUAAUUAUUAAUUAUUAAUUAUUAACGAAAAACAUUGCUGCAUCUAUGACUUCCAAAUUUUUCUAGUAUGAAUUUGUAGAUACUUUUACAACAGAGAGCUGAGUUGCAGCAACAAAACCAGCCAUGGUAGAAUUGUUUCUUUUUUCUCAUUGCUGCAUUAUGAGAGUUCUGAAGGAAACUUUCUGAAGGAAACUUCUGCACAGCUGGAGAUGGCAAACAUCUAAAUGACACCUGCUGGGCCAGUGGCAGAAACACCCAAGGUUACAGGAGGAAUUCUGAGAGCCAGUGGGUGUCAUCAAAUGUGCCCAAAAUAAAGAAAUAUGCAUGCAGCAAUUUUAUUUUUUUAACAAUCAAAAGCAAGGGAAUGUAACCAAAACCACUCUCAUAGUGGGCUUCAGCUUGGACUCUCAUUUUUGAGUUACAAUCAGUGUCUGCAGUAAACAGACACGGGUGAAGAGGAAGUAGAAGGUUAGGGGGGGUCUAAAUGUUUUUUAUGAGUGCAGAUGAAACACUGAUGCUUGAUUUAUUUCUUUUUUAUAUAUAUAUAUUGUCAUACAACUGUGUUUGAGAUUAUAUCGUUUGCACAUGACUUUUGUUCUAUAGAGCUGAGACAAGCUUUAGUUAGGGAAAAAAAUGGUUUGGCUACAUCAAAGAUGUCUCCAGCAAGUCAGCUGGGUGUUUAGGCAUCUCCCAUGUUGUGUGGAGAGUGUCUUAGUGGGAAGAACCAGAGGAAUAAUACUACACCUUUCAAAAUGCAGCUACCAGAGAACAGAACCCAGCCCCAUUUCAGUACAAACUGUGCCAUUCAAAUCAGUCGCUUCCAUGUUCCAAGUGAAAAGGUCUCGCACAUAUGCAACAACCUCAGUGAAGAUUCUCUGUGUCAGCUUCCCUGCCCUGCUGUGCUCUUCAGCACGACUGCAAGGGAAGGCUGGGACUCACCAAGAGCCAAGAAAUCAUUGUUUCUGGAAAACAGUUUCCCCUCUCCCCUCCCCGACAAAAAAAAUGUACUUAAUUCUUCUUGUUUCAUCUGGGGUUUGAGUUCCAGUGAGCACAUUUGCAUUUUUACAGUUUGGGGUUUUUACCUAACAAUUUUAUCAGAUUUCUAAACUUUUCUUGGUGAUUAAUUUGCAUUUCAACAUGAUCCUCUGCCAAAUUUAUUAAAACAUAAUUUUUAAAAAAAGUUUGUGUUUUCUACCUAUUUUGACUGCAAAGACAACUGAUUUUUUUCCAGUAUUUACUUGUUACUCUUAUGACGUAUUUUACCUGUUUUGUGUAAAUGAGGAACUCUGUGUUAAAGCAUCGUGACUAGUCAUAGAUGAACUGCUUUGGAUCUGGGAAAACAGUGCAGUUUUGGCAUGAGAUCUUUAGAGCCAGGUCCCUGAGAUUUAAGCCAGCAUCAACCAAGACAACACGCACACCUUUCCAUGUUUCAUGUACCUUUGUAUUCAUGGGGACUUCUGGGCUUGAAAACAGCACAGUUUCAGCAGUAUUUAUUUCCAGCUGAACUGAAAUCAAGAGAUAGUAGAAAUAUAAAGGGGAACAUUUCCCCACGAGAUUUUUCUGAUCUAUUUCUUAUUUUUCUCAAUUUCCCAAACCUUUUCAGUUCACCUGUCACUAGUGAUGAUCUCUCUGAAUAUCUAUUCUAAGGGACUUUACCAGUAGUCUGUAUCUCAGUGUUUAAACAGUAUGAUUUCAUAAAUAGAACUGGUUUUUUAUUGUUGUUGUUAUUAUUCUAUUUUUCCUUCUCAUCUAUAGUUUUCCUUUUCAUCUGGUCCAAACAGAUCCACACGCUUAGAAAAGUCCUCUUUGAAGUUUGAGAUAGUAGG